AUGUCGUUUUUGGUGGAUUCCAUCAUCAUGUUCACCUCACAGGUGCUGUUCUUUGGAUUUGGCUGGCUGUUCUUCAUGCGACAGCUUUUCAAAGACUAUGAGGUGCGACAAUAUGUGGUGCAGGUGGUCUUCUCUGUCACCUUUGCCUUCUCAUGUACCAUGUUUGAACUCAUCAUUUUUGAGAUUCUGGGUGCCUUGAGUAGCAGUUCCCGAUACUUCCACUGGAAGUUGAAUCUCUACGUGAUUCUGCUGGUUCUCAUCUUUGUGGUGCCUUUCUACAUUGGCUACUUUGUGGUUAGCAACAUUCGCCUGUUGCACAGACAAAGGCUGCUGUUUGCAUGCAUGGUGUGGUUUACCUUUAUGUAUUUCUUCUGGAAGCUGGGUGACCCUUUUCCUAUCCUCAGUCCAAAACAUGGUAUUCUCUCCAUUGAGCAGCUGAUAAGCCGUGUUGGCGUGAUAGGAGUCACCCUAAUGGCUCUCUUGUCCGGAUUUGGUGCCGUCAACUGCCCUUACACGUACAUGUCCUAUUUCCUCAGGAACGUAACAGACAGUGACAUCCUUGCUUUGGAGAGGCGGUUGCUUCAAACGAUGGACAUGAUUGUCAGCAAGAAAAAACGCAUCGCCAUGACACGAAGGCAGAUGUACCAACGUGGAGAAGACCAGAACAAACAGACAGGAUUGUGGGGCAUGAUCAAAAGCGUCACCUCGCCGCAAACGGGCAGCGAAAAUUUGUCUCUCAUACAGCAGGAAGUGGACGCCUUGGAGGAGCUCAGUCGACAGCUUUUUCUCGAGACUGUUGACUUGCAAGCCACCAAGGAACGCAUUGAGUACUCCAAGACGUUUCAGGGAAAAUACUUCAACUUCCUGGGCUACUUCUUUUCCAUCUAUUGCGUGUGGAAAAUCUUUAUGGCCACCAUCAACAUUGUGUUCGAUCGAGUGGGAAAGACUGAUCCAGUGACAAGAGGCAUUGAAAUAACAGUCAACUACUUGGGCAUCCAGUUUGACGUCAAGUUCUGGUCCCAGCAUAUCUCCUUCAUCUUGGUGGGCAUCAUCAUCGUCACGUCUAUACGAGGUUUACUCAUAACUCUCACAAAGUUCUUUUACGCUAUAUCGAGCAGCAAGUCUUCAAACGUCAUCGUGCUGGUCCUGGCUCAGAUUAUGGGCAUGUACUUUGUGUCAUCGGUGCUGCUGAUGCGCAUGAGCAUGCCGCUGGAAUACCGCUCCAUCGUGACGGAGGUUCUGGGAGAGCUGCAGUUCAACUUCUACCACCGCUGGUUUGAUGUCAUCUUCCUGGUCAGCGCCCUAUCCAGUAUUCUCUUUCUCUAUCUGGCUCACAAACAAGCCCCAGAGAAGCACAUGGCACUCUGA